AUGUUGCCACUGGAAGACUACCAAAGAUACGGUCGACAAAUGAUUCUGGAUGGCUUUGGUUUGCCCGGUCAAAUAAAGUUGUCCAAUGCCUCUGUAGUCGUGGUCGGGGCUGGGGGGCUUGGUUGUCCCGCAAUCCAGUACUUGGGUGCUGCUGGCGUUGGCAGGAUAGGUAUCAUCGACAAUGACCGCGUCGAAAUAUCAAACCUUCAGCGACAAAUUCUCCAUACUGAGGAAACACUCGGCCUUUACAAGGCAGAGUCUGCCAAGGUUGCUCUGCAACGGAUGAAUUCUCGGCUUGUUGUCGACGCUGUGACUACUUCUCUUACAGCAGAUAACGCACUUACACUCCUCCAACCAUACGACAUCAUUCUGGAUUGUACCGAUAACGCACCAACGCGUUAUUUGCUGUCUGACACGGCCGUUGCUCUUGGAAAGCCUCUGGUCAGCGGAGCGGCUCAAAAAUACGAAGGCCAGCUGUGUGUAUACAAUCUUGGAGAAGAUGGUCCUUGUUACCGAUGCCUGUUUCCAGCUCCUCCCCCUCCAGAAACUUUGGGUACCUGCGAGGAGACUGGUAUUUUGGGUGUGGUUACUGGUAUAAUCGGCAACAUGCAAGCCCUGGAAGCAAUCAAAAUUGUGAUAGAGAGUCAUGACUAUAAACCUUCCUUGCUGUUAUUUUCUGCCCUGGGAUCACCACCUUUCCGGAGCAUAAAGCUACGCUCCCGGAAACCAUCAUGUGUCGCAUGCGGAACGAAGGAUGGCAAGCUGGCUGCAAGCCGACACGCGGAUUAUGUCCAAUUUUGUGGAGGUCCGCCUCCAAACUGGGAGGAUCGUGGCCUCGCUCGUGGUAGUGCUGAAGAACGAAUCAGUCCCAAGGAACUCAAGGGCAUCAUAGCCUCUGGAGCGGAUGCGAACAUCAUCGACGUUCGGCCUUCGAUAGAAUUUGGGAUUUGUUUUCUGCCCCAGUCAAGAAAUAUUCCUCUCAAAGACAUUCUAGCACGGCCUCAGGACCACCUACCGUCUGAUCCGAGCAUUCCGACCUACAUCGUCUGUCGACUUGGCAAUGAUUCACAAACUGCAGCUGAUGCUCUUAGAAGUGUGAAAGGGGACGGCAUCGUGAAAGAUGUUAUUGGUGGUCUAAGAGCCUGGUCAAAGCAGGUUGAUAGUGAAUUUCCGUUAUAUUGA